AUGUGGGGAUCGUCUACUGGAGUUGAGUUUACCUUCCCUCGUUUGUUCUUGAAGGCGGCAUGGCUUGAGCAAAUGCGGAGUGUAGGCUGGAAGGGAGUCAUUGGACGACCACCAAGCGAACAGCAGUUCUUAGAUGCCCUCGCGCGGAAAGAUUUAGUAGCGUACUUCGGACACGGCGGAGGAGAACAAUACGUGCGGUCACACAAAAUCCGUCAUUUGCCGCGCUGUGCAACGACAAUGCUGUGGGGGUGCUCCAGCGGGUUACUGAAGGAGAUGGGUGAUUUUGACAGAGUAGGCACCCCAUUUAAUUAUAUGCUUGCUGGAUGCCCUUUACUGGUGGCGAAUCUUUGGGAUGUAACUGACCGCGAUAUCGACAAGUUCUCACAAGCAGUUUUUGACUCCCUGAGAUUGACUCCGACUCGUGGAGGAGAGUAG